AAAACCAUGUCUCUCUCUCAAGUCUCAAUAGAGAUAGAGAGAAAGGGGUAUGAAGCAUGUUACAUCAUAGUUUUACUCCUUUCUCGCGAACGUUUGCAAAAAACCCUCUCCCUCUCACAUCUCUGAAACACCAUCUCCCUCGCGCUAUCCAGGUCACAUCUCUCAACUCGUCUGAUCUUUCUCUAUCCCUCUGUCCUUGCUCUCUAUGCUAUCCUAUGUGGGCGUGUGUCUCUCUCUCCACUCAAGUCCUCAACCCAAUCUCAUAAUACGAAACGCUCUCCCUCGCUUCUUUUCUCUGUCCGCAUUAAAUAGUGUAUUCUUAGAGCAAAAUUCCCAAUUCUUUGGAGUUUUUACUGUGAACUUAUUAACGCAAACCUUCGCAACUCUAAUUCCUGGCUUUCUGAGGCCAAAGUAACCAGAUUUUUCAGAAAAGUUUGUUCAUUAACAGUACUGCAGAGAAGAUUCAGAAUUGAAAUAUGUCCAGUGGCCCUGGUCUUGAGUCACUUGUUGAUCAAACAAUUUCAGUUAUCACAAAUGAUGGACGGAAUAUUGUGGGAGUCUUGAAAGGCUUUGACCAAGCUACGAAUAUCAUUCUCGAUGAAUCUCAUGAACGUGUUUUCUCUACGAAGGAGGGUGUUCAGCAACUUGUGUUGGGGUUGUAUAUAAUCAGAGGUGACAACAUAAGCAUUGUUGGGGAACUAGAUGCAGAUCUUGAUUCUACUGUUGACUGGUCGAAUAUGAGAGCUUAUCCCCUCAAGCCUGUCAUCCACUGAUUCAGCAUGAAAACCAUGGAGCGGUUGUGGACUCGAUGGAGUUGUGACCUACCAAAUAAAUGUCAUAGCAUAUGAGUGAUUCAAUGAAGCAGAAUAGGUAUACAAUGAUGGAAAUCCGGGUUUGCUAGUGAAAGUGAAUGGGUUCUGUCUUCAGAAAGUGAAUGAAUGAAUGAAAUUUUUUUUUUUUUUUUUGGGUACUAAA